AUGAAGACACUAUGCAUCAUAGUACUGUCAUUAUGUAGUCUAGUCUCUGCCAGCCUAUUCUCCUCAAGCGAUGUCUACAUAUCUUCAAAUCCAGUUUUGAUAUACUCGAAUGGUUCAGUCAUCAAUCUACAAAAUACAGUGCUUCAUCAGAAAGAUUACAAGUCUGGCAUUGUGCCGUUUGAAAAUCUAACAGCGCCCGAUACGUCAGGACUUGAAGGAACGCUGUACGAUAGAGGCUAUUCAUGCCAAUUAAAUGCAUCUUUCACUGUGAGACCACCGUCUGUUUCAUUCUUACCAAGUAAAAUUGCACUGGUGAAGAAAGGUGGAGGGUGUAAUUUCUAUGAAAAGGUGUACUAUUCAGAGUUGGAUGGUGCCAAAGGUGUCAUAAUCUACGAUGAUAUUCCAUUCAGAGAUGAUGAUACCUCAGGAUCCAUGAAAAUCAUCAAAGGAAACCUCACUAUCAGCAUGUACUAUGUAGACUUGAACAUUGGGCUGGAACUGCUCAGCUUACUUGAAUACACAUCAUCUCAGCCUAUCAAUACAACAUUUGACAAUUCGUCUACUUUUCAACCUGCUAUAAACCUCGUGAUGCAUCCUGCUGUUGGUGGCUUCCCUAGUGCUUGGGAAUUCACAUUGAUCAUAGUGGUUGCAUUAUUAGCCAUCAGUUUUCUAGCUUCAGUUGGUAUGCACUGGCAUCUUUGGCGCAUCAGACGUCGUCAACGUGCCUUAUUCGAAAAUGGUCUAUUGGAAACUGCCAACAUCCAGCAAGUUCAGAAAAGAACAAUUGAUCCUGCAUCCUUAUCCUUAUUUCCUACCCGAAUUAUUGGAGAUGAACCGAACUUGGAAUUGUCUCGUGUAGAGUCUACUCGGUCAACAAAGGCUUUAGAAAAUGCUGAAUUACUAUCAUCAUCAAUUGUCAUACCCAUUGCUACACCAACUCUAACAGCCAAUGCCACGAGCAGCAGCACGACUACACCCGCAGCAGCUCGAAGCGAUGAAUUUGACGAUGCUUGUGUCAUUUGUUUGGACGAAUUUGCCUUGGGAGAUCAAGUUCGCAAACUGCCGUGUGGCCAUGAGUACCAUUGUGAAUGUAUAGAUCCAUGGCUGACCAUAAAAUCUGCUUCGUGUCCAUUAUGCAAACAUGAUUGUGCCUUGGAUGUGCCAAAAACGGAAGCAGAUGAAGAUGAGUUGGAACAAGCAGAGAGACGCUUCUCUGAAAAUACUGACAAUCCUGAGCGAGACACCCUCCCACCUACGUCGACGCCAUCACCACCUCCUCCAUCGUAUCAUUCCUUUUUCUCGUCACUGAGAUCCAGCCAUAAUGGGUCGCCCUCAAGUGCCUUUGGUCCUACCAUCAGUGCCGAUCGAGCGGAAGAGUUUAGUAGAUCAUGGAUGGCUAGAAGUCUACCACGAAAUAUGCGUCGUCAGAUUCACGAAGCUGCACAACAAGCAGCGGCUGCAAACCGAGAAAGUGUGAUUGAAUUACCUGCUCGUAUGACCAAUAAUACCCCAGAGCAAAUCAUGUCUGUUAAUAUACCUGUUGUUGAACCCUCAACACCUCCUCCAUCAAGUUCUCGUUGGAACCGAAUGCGCUCUACCAUUUCUUCGUUUGGUCGUCGUUAA